AAAUGUCGAAAUUCGGCAAAGAAUUUGAGAAAAUAUGGCCCGAAUUAAACGACCAUAAAACUUUAACAAAAACUGCUGAAAAACAUUUAAAAAAAUAUUUAAAAAGUAAAGUUCCUGUUAAAAAUACAGAUUUAGAUAAAUUUCAACAAAAAUCUAAAAAUUUUCCCAUAGAGUUUCCUAUUGAUAGCUGUAGAGUUGAAUCACAACCUGUAGAACGUCAUGAUGUGAUAAGAGAACAAAUUGAGUCAGCCUAUCCGCUGAUACAUGAAAAAGUUCUGUAUUUAAUUAUUGAUUUUUUGGAGCAUAAAUUGCGAUAUGGCUCUUCUUGCGAAAGAAAACUCUAUAAAAACAUGUCAAUAUGUGAAUUUGUGCAACGUUUGUUAACCAAAAGAUGUGUUAGUUUUGUGGGUACCGAAGAUGAUUAUCUGCUGCUAACAGGAGAAACGGGUUUUGGACGCCAAUACCUAAAAGUGGGCUGCAAGGAGGAACGUGAACCUCUAACAUUAACAAAUGUUUUAAGUUAUGAUGAGAUUAAGAUAUCUGCCCUGCUGUCGGUAUCAUCCAAAACCGAAUUCAUCAAUGAUGGCAAUCGCUAUAACAAGGGUUUACGAGAACUGGAUUCAAGUAAAAUUGAGCAGCAGGGCUUAGUUGUAGGUAUGAUAGGGGCUCGAUUUGAGCGCAAAGAAGUUAUGGAGUUUCAAGAUAUAACCAUAACCAGAAAUCAAAAUACCUUGGAGAAUGGCUAUGGUGGAUCUUUAGAUAAACCUAAACAAAAUCCAGGCUUUUUACACAACCUUAAUCCUUUUAAGAAACCGACCAACCUAGAAAAACUACAAGACUAUCGCCGUUUAUGGAAUAGAUUCUAUGAAGAGCCGGAUCAUUUGUAUGACCAAGUCCACAAAGAUAAUUUACGAUUUGGUGACACUCUCAACUGUUUGGUUAUAUUCGAUAAUGUCAUGAUGAAGAAACGCUAUGCCAUUUCCUUUGACAUGCUGCUUUUAGAGGCUAACUCUAGAGCCUUGCCAAACCAGGCUUAUCUGCAUGUGGUGGGUUUUGGUUUGGGUGUCUGGCGUGCAGCCGUUCAACAGGAGCAAAUCUUUAUGGAAUGUUUCUAUGAACGUUUAAGGUAUUUACUGCCUCUACUAAAGAAUAUUGGUGUGGUGCAUUUUUCAUAUUUUAAUCUCAAGGAAUGCGGGGAGUUAAAGAAUGAGGGGUUUAUGGCCUCCAAGUACCAUCCCAAGGGAGGUAUUAAAACGUUUAUAUCGAAAAGGAAUCCGCAUGAUAAAUUGCCAGAGGAAUUUAAAGAUAUGUUGCUGGUGGUUUCAUAUGCUUGGGAUGGUAAUGCCUUACCGGGUAAUGAGUUUUGGUUGGGCAAUCUUACCGGCUCCAAUGAUCCAUCUACCGCCUGCAGUACUUUGAUAUCAGAACUCCACAAUCCCCACAUUAAUACAGAGUUUGUUUGUGGCGAUAAUCUGCAUAUAGCCUCUUUUAAUUACAACAUAAUCAAUAUUUAUGAUUAUGCUAAAAAAGUAUUAAAGUCUGAUUUAACACGACAAUAGAGUUAAAUACAAUGAAUCGAAUUUUAAUGGCAAAAUAAAUGUUUUUUAAAAGUUAUUAAA